GUCGUCAACGUCUCCCUUCUUACAUGACGGCAGUUACGCUGCCGCUGCUAUGUUACAGUGGCGACGAGCCAGGAAGGCACCCACGCAGUCAAGGUAGAACCCGACGCUAAGUACCCGCAGACAGCCCUACCGCUGACCACGAUGGCCUCCUACAUGCUUCCGAACUUCGACGACGUCGCAGAUAAGUGGUAGUCUUACCUCAUCAAAGUGGAAGCGUAUCUUGAAGCUAAUGCCAUUUCGGAUUCUACUAAGAAGAGGGCACUUCUAGUGGCUGCACUUAGCACGUCGACGAUCCAAAUCCUAAUGGGAAGGAUAGCACCUGCAAAGCCCAAUGCCGUAAGCUUUGACGAAGUAGUCAGGGUGUUAAAUGACCACUAUGACCCAAAGCGGAACGAAAUCGCUGAAAGUUUGCAGUUUUUCAACUGCUGUCAGCACGAGAAUGAAUCCAUUCAUGAUUUUUUCGUUGCAAUUCGGCGCAUAGCAGACAAUUGCAAUUUUGGCGACUCGCUGAGCAGGCUACUUCGAGACAGAAUUGUCUGUGGCGUGCGUUCAAAGGCUGUGCAAAAGCAACUUCCGUCAAAGAAGGAAUUAAUGCUGGAGGAAGCGGAGUCGAUAGCAAUAGCCGCUGAAACUGCCGAAAAAGACGCCAGUACAAUGUCCGUAGACGUACCGCUUGUGCUUAAAGUGGAAGCACACCGCAAGCUACCAUCGAGAUCAAGCACUGAAAGCGCAGGGCGACUGGAGUGCGGAAGGUGUGGCAGUUUUAGACACUACAGCAACAGCUGUCGAUGGGCUAAAGCCCGAUGUUACUCUUGUGGCCAGAGGGGUCACUUGGCAAAAAUGUGUCGCAGCCGCAAUGGUAACGGUGUUCUCAGCAAUCGGAGAAUCCAUCACGCGAAAGCCCUGGCGGUGGAAGACGCCGUUUCAGAAGAGGACAACAGCGAUAGUGCGCACAUCUGGACGUUGGCGUCAGCACGAAAGAAUGCUCUUCAGCCACCAAUUAGGCGAACGUUUAGAUGGGGAGGCGUGGAUUUAUCCAUGGAAGUAGAUACUGGUUCCCCGGUGUGCGUAAUAUCGCGACAGCUUUUUGAUAAACAUCACAAAUGCUGGCCAAGCUUGAAACCUUCACACGUGAAGCUAUCCUGCUACAAUGGAAGAUUGCGGGUGGUGGGCGAGCUUCAACUUUGUGUGAAAUACCGCCAUAUUUCUGUUUACUGUGCCCUUGUAGUGCUAGACUGCCCCGCACCAAGCUUGUGCGGCCGAGACCUGCUAAUGCUCCUGGAACAAGCGGGCGUUCCGGUACUACAAGUGACGGGUGAAGGCGAGGCCACGGCGAAUCAAGUGGACUGUCCCAGGAUCCACGCCAUCUGCGACACAUACCAGGACGUUUUCUCAGAAACCUUGGGGUUGAUCAAGGGACCACCAGCCAGCCUCCUGCUGAAGGGCGACGCUGUUCCCAAAUUCUGCAAGGCGAGACCUAUUCCAUAUGCUCUACGUGACAAGGUAUCGCAAGAACUUGACCGGUCGAGAAUUCGUCCUCGUUAGCGACACCCAGCCACUUCUAGGACUGCUGAGGCCCGACCGCCAGACGCCUGCCAUGGCUGCAGCUCGCAUCCAACACUGGGCCCUCUACCUGGGAGGCUACCGAUACGAGCUCGGAUAUGCUCCGGGAAGGCUGCUACUGAAUGCCGAUGCACUGAGCAGACUGCCGCUGCAGGGCUCCGAUCUCGUCACGAAACCUGACCCUGAAGAGACUCCCCAGAAAACCGGAAAGUCGCCAUCGGAAAUGCUGCUGGGGUACCAGAUACGAUCGCGCCUGGACGCCUGCUUCCCUGCGGCGACUGUGUCUAAUUCUAAAAAGGAAAACGACGAGUGGUUGCCUCCAACGGACUGUAGUGUACAUGUCCGCAACUAUACGGGUCAAAUGGUAAAUGGAUACCAGGACGGGUAACAGCGACAUCGGGAGGACGGAUGGUCACAGUGGAGACUCCUCAAGCAAUCGUGCGGCGUCACAUCGACCAAGUGCGCAACCCUUACUGAAUCCUCUCCAGCUGAACCACCAGGAAACGACCCAGGCUCGAUCAGCAGAGACGGUACUCAGAGCGCACCGCCACUCUGCCAAGAGCCAUCCGCGAGCCCCGACCAUGCGGGAGAAUCUUCACCCCAAGAAGCGUUUCGAGACCUGGACCACCAGGUCCAGGUCUGGACCUGGAUCAGCCCUGGACCACCAGGUUCCAACACUUGUGGCAUCCGGGGCAGACCAAGUACCCAUGCAACCUGUUCGACGUUCCACAAGAUCCCGCAGGCCAGUGCAGCGUUUUUAAGAGGGAAGUAAUGUUGUAAAAUGUGGUAUCGAACCGCCGCGUCAUGUGCGCGCUGUCAAUGCGCCAAGUUCUUUUUUCUAGGUUCACUCCUCCUUUUCCCUUUCCACUUUUGCUUCAUAUAUACGUGCAUUAAACACUUGUGCGUUGUUGUGGGC